AUCCUUAUAAAACUCCUAAACAACAUGAUUACAUGAAAUUGUCCAAAGUGAGGUAUAAUAAUGUGUUGCUGGAAUUCAAGUUCAGUAAAAAGAUAACUUCAGAGUUCCAGGCCCGUCACUGUUUUGGUACAACAUGAGGUUGAGGGCAUUUUGCAUUCAAAUUUUGAAUGGUUUAGGAUAAUAUUAAUGUUAUGACCAUACGUUUCACUUUAAUCAUAGCUCUCCCAGUCUCCAGCAUUUAAUAAGCCACAGUAUUCACUUACUAUCCCUUUUCAGCAUUUAAGCGCUCUUUGAUUUUCUCCAUUCUACUAUUUGUCUUGAUAUGGGGAUUCAAAAUUUCAAAUAAAAGAGCUUUCUUGAAAUAAUUGAAUCUACAAAUCCUUUCUUGUUCUUCAGUUGUUGAGACUGAUGGCUUAUGCUUCUGUUGUUUCUCUUGCUCAAACUCUAGAGCAACUCAAUACCAGAAUCCCAGGUUUGUUCUCUGAACCAAAAAUCCAAUCUUUAGCUGCAUCUCUUGAAUAUUUCAAAGGCUUUCUUGAUGGUAGUUGCAAGAGUAGUUAUCACCAAGAACAAAUCACAGUUUUGGUUGGAAAGUUCAGAGAUGCACUCAAUGAAGCUGAGACUAUUAUCGAACAAAAGAUUUGUGAGAUUCAUCAGAUGGGAAGUUCGACUAAUAUUGAAAAAGCAAGUGAAGAUUUAGUAGGAACUUUACUACCAGCAGUACAGAAGAUUGAGUUAAUAAGGAGAGAGUUGGUGCUGAGUCUUGAGAAUUGCACAAGCCAUGACCAUGACAUUGAACCCUCUGAUGAUCAUUUCGAGAGGAGCGAAUCCAUGAUUGGAAGUCCAUAUAGACAUAGUUUUACUACAAAUGUGGAGAAUGAUGUUGUGGGUCUUGAUGAUGAUUUGGAGAAGAUCAUAGACAGACUACUUGGGUCCUCAUCUGAAAGAGAAGUCGUCGCAAUUACAGGUAUGGGUGGCAUUGGCAAAACAACACUCGCUAAAAAAGCUUAUGAUUAUCCUCGAGUUAGAUCUCGCUUUGACGUUCAUGCAUGGGUUACAGUGUCUCGAGAGUUUGGAAUGAGGAGGUUGCUGUUAAGUUUAGUCCGUUGCAUUCCAGGUAUGACGGAUAAGUUUCUAGAGAAGACUGAGGAUCAGUUAGCAGUGUCGUUAUAUAGAAAACUAAAAGAUCGAAGAUAUCUUAUUGUCAUUGAUGAUAUUUGGAGUACUAAAGUUUGGGACGAUGUAACAAGAUGUUUUCCGGAUGACGACAAUGGGAGUCGAAUCAUAUUAACGAGUAGGCUCCAGGAUGUGGCUGCAUAUGCUGAUCCGGAUAGCCCUUUGCAUGAGAUGGGGACAUUAAGUUUAGAUGAUAGUUGGAAGUUACUCUCCAUUAAGGUGUUUGGUGCAAAUGAUCUUUGUCCUUCUGAGUUAGAGGAUAUUGGGAAGCAGAUAGCAGAAAAAUGUGGUGGACUUCCUUUGGCAAUUCUGGUGGUUGCAGGGCAUCUUUCUAGAAUUGCUAGGAGAAGAGAAAGUUGGAUUAUUGUUGCCAAGACUGUAAGUUCAGUUGUUGCGAACGAUCCUGAUAAAUGCCUAGGAGUGCUCGGUAUGAGUUACAGUUACCUGCCGAACCACCUCAAGCCAUGCUUCCUCUCUAUUGGUGCUUUUCCUGAGGAUUUUGAAAUCAAAGCUGGGACAUUGAUCCAAGUUUGGGCUGCUGAAGGGUUUCUAAAAGUCGAAAGGCUUAAGAGCUUGGAAAAAGUUGCAGAAGAGUGUUUGGAGGAUCUUGUUAGUAGAAAUCUGAUAAUGAUUAGAAAGAGGAGGUUCAAUGGUGAGAUCAGAAGUUGUGGUGUACAUGAUUUGUUGAGGGACUUGAGCUUAAGAGAAGCUCAAAAAGAGAAGUUCCUUCACGUGACAUCAACUCGAUAUGUGUCAAACUUCCUAGCACAAAGGAAUGAGGGUCGUGGUUUCAGCUUUCUUUCUAACAUUUCUCUAAAUGAUUCUAGUGAGUUGUCAUCUCAUGUUGGUCGAUCAAUGUUUUUCUGGGGUGAACUGUUAAUCUCUGCUCAGCCUCAGAGACAGUUUUCCUUAUUCGCGAGCUUCAAACUUAUCAGAGUGUUGGCAAUUUUUUCUCAUUUGUUUCCUUCAUUUCCUGCUGAGAUAACACAACUAAUUCAUCUAAGGUACCUUUGGAUUCGAUCAAAUGGUGGUCUUCCCGCAUCAAUGUCUCGGCUUUUUAAUCUGCAAACCUUGAUAUUCCAACAGCCAGAACUGUAUUAUAUGUACAAAACUUUAAUGCUGCCUCGGGAGAUCUGGAGCAUGACACAGCUAAGGCGUCUGCGUCUACUGAGUGGCAACUAUCUGUCUAAGCCUAAAAGAAGUGGAAAAACAGAUGAGGGAGCAGCGAGUGAUGUUGUGGAGCUAAGCAAUCUGGAGGAACUUUCUCAUUUAUGUUUUGCUAGCUGUACAGAGGAAGUCUUCUCAUACCUUCCCAAUAUACGUAAAUUGAGUAUUCUCGAUGCUGCAUCAGAUGAUGCAUCUGAAUACUUAAAAAAUCUGGUACACUUGGAGAAACUUGAAACUUUGAAGUGCGUCUGCUAUGGUCAGAAGCGGCUCUCCCUGUCAAACUGGUGUGGUUCCCUAACAUCUAUUAAGAGGUUAAUUUUAUCCGGUUGUCUUCUGCUUUCAGAAGACAUGGCAAGUCUAGCUGCAUUGCCCAACCUUGAAGUGCUUAAACUUAGAGAUAAUGAGUUUGAAGGCCGUGCGUGGACAGUAAGUGAUGAAGACGAGUUUAGUCAGCUAAAGUUCCUAGUGGUUGCUGAGCCACGUCUAGUGAACUGGGAAGCCGGUAGUGUCAACUUUCCAAAUCUUCAAAAGCUAGUUUUUAGGAAAUGCAUCCAUCUUGAGGAAAUUCCAAUGGAUAUCGGGGAGAUAUGUCCAUUGGAGGUAAUUGAAUUGAUCGGCUGCAGCUCAUCUGCUCAGAAUUCAGCUAAAGAACUUCAAGAAGAACAAGAGAGUAUGGGAAAUUCAUGUCUUGAAGUCCGCGUUUAUGCUGAUGAUGAUGAAUCUUCGUCGUUGUUCGAUUUUUGGAGAGCAGUACUAGAUUGAGUUUGAGAAAUAUGUAUUAUACUGUGCAUGAUAUUUUCUUAAUAUUUGUAAUGUCGAACAGGAUUGUUAAUGCAUUUAUCUGUUCCUAAAUUUACUAAUAGUUUGAUUCUGCUGAAA